GAUUUAGCGUGUUGGUCAGUUGUUGGUAAGGAGCCAAGCCUGAUGUUAACACAUGGCUGCUGUAGAGGCAAAUGUAUUACAAAAGGACAAUUGGAAAUCCUUCCUAUCAACCUACAACAAAGUGACAGAGCAUUGCUUCCUGGACUGUGUCCAUGACUUCAAAACACGGAAAGUCUCCCCAUUAGAGACAUCUUGCGCAUCCAACUGUUUACAGAUGUAUAUGAAGGUGUCUCAGCGUGUUGAUCAAAGAACCAUGGAAUUUCAGACAAAAUAUACAAAUGAUGCAGAGAACACAAAAAGCUGAUGAAAUAUUUACAUCAAUCAAUAUGAUCUCAUUAAACAAUGCCAUAACGGCGGAGAAAAUGAAAUCUGACUACCAAUGCCAUUAAAACACAAAUAAUGGUAUCUUUCUACAUCAAAAGGGAGCACAGGAACCAGUUUCCCCAUGUUUACAAGACUUUGUAAAUCAAAUAUUUUGUGAUAUAUUUGAUUUGAUAUUGCUUCAUAUGUUUCGAUGGAAUGGAUGUUGUGUUAAACUAUCAUAUUCCAGUAAAAUUGAAAUGUAUUUUUAAAUAAACUAUGAAUAUAACUCUUUUAAUCUUCUAAUUUUAUUAUAAAGAUACAUAUAUAGAAUAGGCAUGGUUUGGAUUUCAAUACAGGCCAAGUGCGUCAUUUGACCUAUAACCGUGAAUGAUGAUGGCCAAUAUAUCACAGUGUAGAUCUUGAUGGUGAUAUUAUCCUGUGAAUAUGGUAUUAAUCUGUUUAGAGAUAUUACGUAUACAUAACAGAAGUGGUUAAGAGUGACCAUUCACCUUGACCAAUAACCAAAAUCUAAUAAGUUGUAGAACUUGAUGGUGUGAUAGUUUGGUGGUGAGUAGAAAUGAAAUCCAUCAACGUGUUUAUGAGGUGUUUAGCACACAAACCUUUCAUUCCACAAAUGGUCAAGAGUGUUGCUUUACCUUGACUGAUAACCAUCAAAAUCUAAAAAGUUGUUAGAAGUUGAUGGUGCAACACUUUGGUAGGGUAGUAACAAAAUUUGUCAGAGGGUUCAUUACCUUGUACAUCAGCUUUUUUUAAGUAUUACAUAGUCACUGAGUAUGCCAAAAUGUAAAUGAAACUAGUGGGUCAAUAUUCCUAUAAUAUAAGGUAACAAAUUCUUGUGUUCAAAAGUUUCAAAAUUCCUCAAUGGAUAUAUUAUAUCAAGUACUGGAGAAUGUGUUAUGAAAUAAAAUUGAUGUGCUACAA